CAAGAUUAGUUGCUAAAUGACAUGCUUACCUAUAUACAAACCCGGGCUCAUUCGGUAUCUUCUCAUAGACGAUAAGAGUCCUAUUUAGGGCCAGAGGUCCAGAGGUGCUGCCACCGUUGGAUGAUAGUUAUGUGACCUUUUGGUUUGCAUGAGGUCACAAGUUCUCUAGUUUAGCUUUUUAAGAAAAACUUGCAUCCUAUUAAUUGCGCAUAUACAUUUGAGGAGAAACUAAUUUAUCUGAUUUAUGUCGUGUUUUCAUUAACAUAUUAGGAUCUGUGCGUAUGGUGGUUUGUGCUAAAUAUAAACAACCAACUAGGUGAAAGCUAUUACCAUGGAGUUGCAUAUGAUUCAUUAGGUGACAGUUGACAGUUCUGAAACGGAUGGGUGUCCCUAUUUGCCAUCUUCUUUACCUGGAAUUUCAUGCAGAUGUAUUUCAUGAGAAAUCAGCUAAACCUGUUUUUUAACAUAACGGCAGAACUUUGUGGCUCCCACCUUCUUCCUACAACGGAGUGAGAUCAAAUUCUGUUAAAGGGAUGGGGCAUAGACACAUUUCUAACCAGUGUAUGAUAUCGGGGUUUGACCAACAUGUUAACAAUCUUUCACCUGCGGGGCAGUCUUACAUUCCUACGUUGAGGGCGGUUGCCGCUAAUAAUGGUCCCUGUGUCGCUCCAGUGGAUCAUACUUUCAGAGGUGGAGUACAUUCAAAUUCUGUGUGGGAUUUAGUUGGCAGAUCCCACGAGCGUCAUUCGUCAUAUGUUAGAAUGGAAGUACAAAGCCACCUUCCACAUUCAUCAACUAAUGCGAACACACCUUUGGCACCAAUGAAUCCUGUUGCACAUAAUCAUUCUACUCAUUAUGAUGUCCCAAGGAUAGGUGACACUACUACUGACAACAGGGUAUCAUAUAAAAGGAAGAGCCAUGCUAUAUCUGGAAGUAGCUCUAGCAGCUAUUAUGGUGCAGAAAGCUCAUAUAGAUCUCAGAUGCUAAUUGAAAAACCUGCUGGGGAUUGUCACAGUCUGCCUUCCAAUGGGAGAUCUAGUCUCUCGGUUGAUGGUCAAGAUGUGAUGAGGAAUGUUAGAAGAAGACGUGGAUCUGAGUUAGAAUCUUGCAUGCCUAGAACUUACGUACCAAGCUACGGGUCUCAUUAUUACCAACCAGCAACGCACUCCACAAGCUACUCUGUCCCUGUCAAUCUAAGUGCUGAUGUGGUGAGUCAAGAGUGGAAUCCUGUUCCACAUGCUGCUACAUCUCAUGGUAGGAACCCACAUCCAGAUAUUAAUGGGCCGAGGCACGAAGCAAGUCACUUUCAUCCCGGAGGGAGCUCUGUUGGUAUUGAGGCCUAUUACCAUUCAUCAUUUAGGAGAAAUCUUGUUUCUUCCUCCCAACAUUGUUCUUCACAACAUCCUCAUGUUUCUUCUUCACAAUAUCCUCAUGUUUCUUCGUUACAAUAUCCUCAUGUUCCCUCUUUACAACAUCCUCAUAUUUUCUCUUCACCACAUCCUUGUGUUCCUUCCUCGGAAUAUUGUCAUGUUUCCUCCUCACAACAUCCUCAUUUUUCCCAUUCUCAGUUCACUGGAGAUGGACACAGUUACCAUCCUCCUUUGCAUACUAAUGGUCCAAGUUACUGUAAUCAUACACAUAUUGGUAGUUCUUCAACAAAUGCGCCACAGUUAUCUUUGGAGAGUUUAUCUUGCGGAUAUCCAAGUUAUUCUGGACGGGACAGUGGUUACAGGAGCACAAGGUCAAGAAUAGUUGCUGAUAGACUCCAACCUAUUGUCAGUGUUCAUCAUGGAUUGGGAUAUGAGACCUUGACCGUUGAUCAGUCAUCUUUUUAUCAGAAUCCUAGAGUUUUUCUGGAUCAGUAUCAAGGAAUGAGGCUUGACAUUGACGACAUGAGCUAUGAGGAAUUGCUUGCUCUCGAGGAGAGCAUAGGGAUUGUGAACACUGGUUUGUCAGAGGAUGGGAUGUCGAAGUGCUUAAGGGAACAAGUGUACUAUUCGGCCUACCAAAAUCAUGAUGAUUCCGCUUGUCCCAUCUGUCUUGAAGAGUACAAGAAUGGUGAAAAGGUCGGGAGAAUGGAAAAAUGUGUGCACAGGUAUCAUGUAGAUUGUAUUAAGAAGUGGUUGCUGCUGAAGAAAGUUUGCCCCAUCUGCAAAACUGAAUGCUAAAGUUAUCAGAAUUAAUUAGCAUUAUCACUUUAUCUAUCUUGUAGUUAUGAACAUGUCUCGUGCAUAUAUAUGACUUAUACGUGUAGGAAUCUCAUUGUAUCACUACUUUGAGUUAUUUCAUACAAGGUUAUCUUAGUUUCGUGUAAAGCUUAAUGCAAUAGUUUAUAAUGAUAUCAGGAAUCCAACCUCCUCAUAUGAUUUUGUUUC